UCCAGUCGUCAAUGCCGGGAGAGUUAAGCCGGAGCCACGGUGUGUCGGACAACAGGACAAAAACUCUGAUCAUCGGUGUUCAGUCUUACAACGCAACUUUGCGGGAAUCUGGUAACACAGGAUGAGCUCCAUGACGUUACAACUUUGCCUGACACUGUUGGUCUGGUAUCUGGGAUGUUGGAGGGAGGCAGAGUCAUAUCCCAGCCAGGAGUGUGAAAAUGGAAUUGCAUUGACAAAGGUUCCAGAUUAUCAGAGUGAUGUGGGGGACAUCCAGUGGAAGGAUCAGAACGAGGAGCAAGUUCAGAAUGUAUUUAAAAGGUUCCUGUUUCACUAUGCUAAAGCACACAAGUCAGAGGCAACUGUACAGAAUAAGUCUCACUCAGUCCACCCUCUCUUGCGACUGUCUCCCAAGCUCUCUCAGAGGAGAAAGAAACAGCUGCUGCUCUUGAAGAUCAGGACUCUGCCAGAGGGAGUGCUGAGGAACAGGGAGGCGUGGAGAACAUCCAGCAGCCAGCUGCAUCUCCAAGCCUGACCACGCAGAGCCAACAUGGUGUCCAGACAGAGAGGCAAACCAAGCUCUCACUCCAAAAAUAACUUUUAUUUUUAAGAACUAUCAGUCUUAUUGAUAAACACAACUGCAUUGCCAA